ACUAAGACAAGGCCAUUCCCCACGGGAACGACGGGCGUCAUAAAUCUCAACGUUUCGGUCGUGUACCUGUCGCUCUUUCGAGGUAGCAGAGCCAUAAUCGUUCUGUCAUGAUACAUAACAUAAACACAACGUUUCCCGGGGCCCUGGCUUGCCAUGUAACGUCGGCAUGGGGCGGCAUGGAGCAUUUCAGGAGUUCACUUCUUCUCUUGCAGUUCUGCGUUCAUACUUAUACCUGUGUCACAUACAUGAAUUAAGCUAUUUGACUAAUCAACCAUUCUUUGCGUCGCUAUGAUUCUGAGACGACUGUGCUCGAGCGGCGGAUGCCUUCGUUCGCGAUAAACCCUGUCGACUAUAUGCAGCAACAGUGUCAACAAUGCAAAUCUUGAAUGGAGUAAUGAAGCUGGCUGGCUCGUGAUAACGAGCUGGCAUAACAAGCUCGCCGGUCAACGAAGUCAACUGCGCGUUGACCGGGGCGUUUCCUCUCUGCAAAUGGGCCCGGCGUAGUACCCUGUGAUUGCUGGCUCAGGUCGCUGAGCCAGGCGCAAUGGCGUACAUUAGCUCAAGGUCCGCCGUGCGCGCGCCCGUUUUCGCGGCUGGUGUCAAGGUUGCAGGUUGGGCUGCGAGCUGAUGGUGCGCCGUCAGUCUCAAUGCCCGCCGUGCUCGCGCCCCUUCCCGCGGCUGGUGUCAAGCCCGCAGGGUAUGGAGCUAGCUGCUGGUGCUAGGGCUUGGUUUCAGGUUAAGGCCCGCCGUGCUCGCGCCCUUUCCCGCGGCUGUAUGGUGUCAAGCCCGCAGGGCAUGGAGCUGGCUACAGUUGCUAUGGCGUUGCAAUCAGGUUACAGCCCACCGUGCUCGCGCCCUUUCCCGCGGCUGGAUGGUGUCAAGCCCGCAGGUGAGCUACUGGCGCGAGGACUGCAGUCAAGCAGGAUGGAUGGUGGAGCGAGCUAGGACAUAUGCUACGAUGUUGGCGCAUGGUGUCCAUGACGGUGCUGCUUAGUGCUCAAGUGGCUGCUAUGGAUUGUGGAGGCCAGACCAUGCCUAGUCACUUGUGUGAAUCAGCUUGGAGGUAGGCUGAGUGUGGACUUCCCAGCUGCAAGGGACUUCGUCCCUGUGCGUGGUCUUGUGCGGGGCAAGUGCGGAGUCGUGAUAACGAGCUGGCAUAACAAGCUCGCCGGUCAACGAAGUCAACUGCGCGUUGACCGGGGCGUUUCCACUCUGCAAAUGGGCCCGGCGUAGUACCCUGUGAUUGCUGGCUCAGGUCGCUGAGCCAGGCGCAAUGGCGUACAUUAGCUCAAGGUCCGCCGUGCGCGCGCCCGUUUUCGCGGCUGGUGUCAAGGUUGCAGGUUGGGCUGCGAGCUGAUGGUGCGCCGUCAGUCUCAAUGCCCGCCGUGCUCGCGCCCCUUCCCGCGGCUGGUGUCAAGCCCGCAGGGUAUGGAGCUAGCUGCUGGUGCUAGGGCUUGGUUUCAGGUUAAGGCCCGCCGUGCUCGCGCCCUUUCCCGCGGCUGUAUGGUGUCAAGCCCGCAGGGCAUGGAGCUGGCUACAGUUGCUAUGGCGUUGCAAUCAGGUUACAGCCCACCGUGCUCGCGCCCUUUCCCGCGGCUGGAUGGUGUCAAGCCCGCAGGUGAGCUACUGGCGCGAGGACUGCAGUCAAGCAGGAUGGAUGGUGGAGCGAGCUAGGACAUAUGCUACGAUGUUGGCGCAUGGUGUCCAUGACGGUGCUGCUUAGUGCUCAAGUGGCUGCUAUGGAUUGUGGAGGCCAGACCAUGCCUAGUCACUUGUGUGAAUCAGCUUGGAGGUAGGCUGAGUGUGGACUUCCCAGCUGCAAGGGACUUCGUCCCUGUGCGUGGUCUUGUGCGGGGCAAGGCGGGGCAAGUGCGGGGCACGACCACUGCGGUCUUGUAACAGCUGUUGGAU